CGCUUCCGGCCGCGCCCGGGGCUGAGCGGGAGCAGCGGCCGGGAACGGACCGGGAACAAACCGGGAACAAACCGGGAACGGGGCGGCAGCCCAGGGAGAAGGAAGAUGGAAAGCACCCCCGUCCUGCUGGAGUCCAAGUCCUCCCCCAUCAACCUGCUGAACGAGAUGCAGCAGCUGCGGCUGCUGGGCCACCUGUGCGACGUCACCGUCAGCGUGGAGUACCAGGGCGUGCGCGCCGAGUUCCCGGCGCACAAGGCCGUGCUGGCCGCCACCAGCAAGUUCUUCAAGGAGGUUUUCCUCAACGAGGAGCCCGUGGACGGCCCCCGCAGCAACGUGUUCCUCAACGAGGUGCGCGUGGCGGAUUUCGCCUCCUUCCUGGAGUUCGUCUACACGGCGCGCGUGGAGGUGGAGGAGGACAGGGUGCAGCGCAUGCUGGAGAUCGCCGAGAAGCUCAAGUGCCUGGAUCUCUCCGAGACUUGCUUCCAGCUGAAGAGGCAGAUGCUGGAGUCCGUGCUGCUGGAGCUGCAGAACUUCUCGGAGUCGCAGAAUUCCGAGGAGGAGAGCGCCGCCCGCCCCAGCGCCGUGCCCACGGCCAAGGCCGAGCGGGACCCUCCGGAUUGUUCCGGAGCGUCUCCCGAGGGGCCGGCUGCCAAGGCCAAGGAGAAGGCGGACAAAAAGAAGGAAGUGCUGAAGGCUCCUUACACCAAGAUCCGCAGGGCGAGCGGGCGGCUGGCCGGCAGGAAGGUGUUCGUGGAGAUCCCCAAGAAGAAAUACACGCGGAGGCUGCGGGAGCAGCAGCGGAACGCCGAGGAGGAAAAGCAGCCCAAGGGCGAGGAGGGAGAGCGGGAACAGGAGGAGAACUCCAGCAAACCCGCGGCGGCCUCCCAGGAAAACCCCGCCAAGGGCGAGGAGGAGGAAGAGGAGGAGGAGGACAAGAAGAAGCGCGGCGGCGCCUUCAAGUGCGGCACGUGCCAGAAGGAGUUCCUGUACGAGAAGAGCUUCCUGAAGCACAUCCAGCAGAGCCACGGCAUCGCCUCGGCGCUGGAGUUCCGCUGCGAGACGUGCGCGCAGACCUUCGCCAACCGCUGCAACCUGCGCAGCCACCAGCGGCACGUGCACAGCAGCGAGCGCCGCUUCCCCUGCGAGCUGUGCGCCAAGCGCUUCAAGAGGAAGAAGGACGUCAAGAGGCACGUGCUGCAGGUGCACGAGGGCGGCGGCGAGCGCCACCAGUGCCACCAGUGCGGCAAGGGGCUCAGCUCCCGCACGGCGCUGCGGCUGCACGAGCGCACGCACACGGGACACAAGCCCUACGGCUGCCCCGAGUGCCAGGCCAAGUUCUCCCAGCCCUCGGCGCUGAAAACGCACAUGAGGAUCCACACGGGGGAGAAGCCCUUUGUGUGUGAUGAGUGUGGGGCCCGCUUCACCCAGAACCACAUGCUCAUCUACCACAGGCGCUGCCACACAGGGGAAAGACCUUUCAUGUGUGAAACCUGUGGGAAGAGCUUUGCCUCCAAGGAAUACUUGAAACACCACAACCGGAUCCACACGGGAUCCAAGCCCUUCAAAUGUGAGGUUUGCUUCCGGACCUUUGCCCAGAGGAAUUCCCUGUACCAGCACAUCAAAGUCCACACAGGGGAGCGGCCGUACUGCUGUGACCAGUGUGGGAAGCAGUUCACGCAGCUGAACGCGCUGCAGCGGCACCACCGCAUCCACACCGGCGAGAAGCCCUUCAUGUGCAACGCCUGCGGCAGGACCUUCACCGACAAAUCCACCCUGCGCCGGCACACCUCGAUCCAUGAUAAAAACACCCCCUGGAAAUCCUUCCUCGUCAUUGUGGAAGGAGCUGCAAAAAAUGACGAGGGGCACAAAACGGAGCUUCCUGAUGAGGAAUACGAGGUGUCCCCCAAAAUCCCAGAAAAGCUGCUGUCCUUCCCAGAGAACAGCCCCUACCAGAGCCUGGCAGCAGUCCCAGGAAGUGGGAAUUCCAGCACGGACUGUAAGGCCUCUGGAGCACAGGAGUCCCUGCUGGGAGAGCUCACCGUGCUUCACACACAGACAGACUCUGGGCAGCCCCAGCUCCAUGCCCUGGUGAACAUGGAAUAAUUUGGGAUUGCCUCCUGCUCCUUAGGCUGCACUCCCUGUACAGUCCUUGGCCUGAGGGAGGCUGGUGGUGGCAAGCUGGGAAAGAGUGGGUUUCCAGCUUUCCUCUGGAAAUUCCUUCCCCAGCUCCAUCUCCUGAUGGUCGGGCAGGGUGGCACCACAGCAGGGAAUUUGUG